AUCCCACCCGCAAUGGCGAGCCCGCCGAUAGCGACCUUCUCCAUCGGAUGGAUUGCCGCUUUAUCACACGAAUUGACCGCAGGUCGUCUCAUGCCGGAUAAGGAAUAUCCAGAUGCACCAGAAGACUUUGACCCGUCUAGCUCUGACACCAAUACAUACACUUUUGGUCGAAUAGGCCGGCAUCAUGUGGUUAUCGCUGUACUUGGUACUGGCGAUUAUGGCCUUGUCUCUGCAGCCGAGACAGCCUCGAGGCUCAGUGCAUCAAUGCCGCACAUUCGGAUAGGUCUUAUGGUUGGCAUUGGUGCUGGUGUAAGUAUCAGCAAAAACGUACGACUUGGAGACAUUGCGGUCAGCGAGCCAAUUGGCACCCACGGCGGUCUCAUCCAGUACGACUUGUUCAAGGCGGCCGUGGAGAGUGGCAAUCCACACGAUCAGCGCACCGGGUUCCUCAGUCGGCCUCCACGAGCACUUUUGACGGCUCUGCAGAAGCUGAAGUCCUCUCACGACAUGGAUGAAUCGUUUAUCGAAGAGCACAUCGAGCACGCCUUUCAAAGACGCCCGAGGUUGAAGAAGUCAUUUGGCUUCCCUGGUCGUGAAAGAGAUCCGCAAGCAAGCGCCAAAAGCCGAGCGGAGGACGACUCAGACUCUCCAGAAGUUCACUACGGUAUCAUCGCAUCUGGCAAUGUUCUUGUGAAGCGCAGUCAAACGCGGGAUGCCGUUUUGGAUUCGCUCGCCACCGAGCACAUACAUCCUAUCUGCUUUGAAAUGGAAGCAGCUGGCCUGAUGAACACCUUCCCGUGCCUUGUCAUUCGUGGACUCUGUGACUACGCAGACGAGCUCAAAAAUGACGUGUGGCAGAAGUAUGCCGCGCUCGUUGCUGCAGCCUACGCAAAAGAUCUAUUGGGCCACGUUGACAAACGCGAGAUUGACACAGGCCCGCUUCUUGCCCAACUCCUCAAUGACAGUCAGUAUGGCAUAUCGAUUGAAGAUGAAAGAUUUGCUGAAACUAGGAAGUGCAGGCCAUCCACGAGGAUGUUAGUGAAGUCAAAAGCGAGACAGUCUCCAUGA